CGCUUUCACUUUCUGCGCUGAGGAGGACGUGCGUCCGGGAGCGGCCGUUUCCAAAAUGGCGGGGGCCCGAGCCUUGGACGAGAGCGGAGGCGGCGGCGGCGGCGGCGGGGGGGCUGCAGCGGCGGCUGCUGCGAUGGACUACUCGGUGCAUGAGGCGUGGAACGAGGCCACCAACGUCUACUUGCUGGCCGUAUUGGCCAGUUUGGCCCUCCUGGUCUACGCGCGCAGAAAUAAAAGGAAGAUCAUGAGGAUUUUUACACUACCUCCAGCUGUUGAAAUGUCAACUGAACCAAACUUUUAUGACAGUGUGAAAAAAGUUCGUCUACGCCAGCAGUUAGAGAUGUAUUCUAUCGCAAGAAAAUACGACCACCAGCAACAACCACAGAAACAGACUGAUAGUGUACAACUUUUGGUGGAAUGAGUUCUUGAAUCUCUGAAGCUGAGAGACAGUGCUGAAGAUGACAGAGCAUUUGGGAUGUAGUCACUUUCAGUGCAACAUUAUAGGUAUAUAGUCUUUUCAGUUGCAUAUCAUGUCUCUUAAUGAUCAGCGCUGUGUAAAUGUACAAUGAAUAUUGUUUGGAAACAGAAAAUUUGGUGUGGAUAAUACAUACAGGUGCUGUCUUCCAGUUUGUAUAGCAAAUGAUUUUCAAUAAAAGUCAUAGCUCAUGGAAGCAGGCCAGUGUUCUAUUGAGAUACUGCAGCUGUUCUUACUGGUGGAUUCAUUAUGGAUUUAAGAAGUAUAUGGUAUCUGAUUUGUUAUAAUGUCAUCAAACUCCUUGGUGCUUUCAAUGGAAGAACAUCUCACACUGAGAUGUUUAAGUAUGUUUUGUUCUCAAAAUAGAAUAUAGAUGAAGAUGUCAACAUAUUGGAAAGUGCACUUCUUGUUUUGACUAAUGAAACAUUAGCAUAUAGACAAAACACUGAGCUGUGAAUAACAUGCUUGUUUGAUAUAGCCCAUUCUCUUAGUCAGAUGAACCUCAAUGCUUACAUACUGUUCAGGUCCCCAUUUUAAAUUUGUCCACUGAAAUCUUUCUAUAGUAUAUUCUAAAUUGUGUAUUUUAUUAUUUUUUUCAAACCAGAAUACUUUCAGUUAAGAUUACAUGGGGCCUCUGUACUCCUUGGAUUUAUGUAUCUAGAUUAUGCUAACUAAAAAAAUGUUUUAAAUGGCUUGGCAUAGCCCCAUUUAUGAAGUCUGUAAUUUUAUGGCAAGGACAAUUGCUCUUAGCUUCUAAAUGGCACUUUAAUAGGCGAAAUGUUACAAAGAAGAAGAUAUUGUGGUAAUAUAGGGCAAUAUUUCUACUCUUAAUGUUUACAGCUAAAACUGAUUAAAAGCAGGUAGUUACAGUCUUAAGUAGUUUACUAAUAUUUUAGACAUAAAUUACAUUGAGAAUAUAUAGUGAGUAGGCAAGAAAAAUAUAUGUAUACAGAUGCUCAUAAAUAUUUGAAGAAACAUGAAAAAGUUUGAUUUGGACUUGAAUUUUCCUGAAAUAUUUGAAAUUCUAUGUUAUAUCCCCAAGCAGCUAGUAUGUAUCAAAAUGAUAGAAUAAAGAUAAAUUCUGUCUACUCUUAAACAUGAAGUUCCGAUAUUUUCACAUUUUUGCCCUGAUUUUCCUGAUUUGCUGUCUUGUGGGGAAGGUAGAUGUUCAAAUACAUGGGCACAGCAAGAAUUGUUUAUUUUCAACGGUUUUUAUGAUGUUUGGGUAUAGUUUUGAGGUCACAGUUCUAACAGAGGAACUGUCUUUCAAGUAGACAUUGGCAGAAAUACAGUAGCUUGGUCUUUAGAGAUUUUUAUUUAAAUUUACCAUAUAAUGAGUACCUUAGGGAUUAUAUUCUAUAUUUGUAGUAUAGGACAGAGCAUUUAGUUUUGACGAAGAGUUUGCCACUUGUAGUCAUAUUGAGGGAAGCCUUUCACUGUAGAGGACUACUGCUUGCAUUCUCCUGGGACAGUUUUUUUUAAAAAUAAAAGAUACAACAGUUAAUCCCAUAUUUGGUGCAGCAUAUCUGGGUGUAGCAACAUUUCUGUACAAUUUGAUCGCAACAAUCUCUGUGAUCAUAUAAUAGCUACAGAAGAGCAGAGAAGUGAUGCAGAGGAAUUCAUUAUGAUGUGUGUGUCUGAAGAACAGCUUUACAUCUUUUAUGAAUUUAGGAUUUUGUUUUUUUCUAAAAGCACGACGUCAUGUUUUUUUGAAUUGCCAAUACUACUACAAAUAGCUAGGUUUUUGGUUCUCAGUGUGUUACUUAUAAAAUGCUUCCACAAUCCUUGUGUAUGAAAUAUUUGUUUUGUUUUCAACCUUAGUAAAAAUUAUAUAAAGCUG